UUUUUAAAUUUUUAAUUUAUAAUAAUUAUUAUUAUUUAUAGUUUAAUUUAGAAGAAUUUUUUGAAUGUUGGGAAAAAUGUGUUCCUGAGGGUAUGAUUACUUCUUUGUCACAAUUAGAUGGUCUUGCACUGGCAGAUUAUACAUCAAAACCAAAUGUCAUAUAUUUUUAUCCUGUUUCUGAUCUGCCAGACAGUGUGAAUGAAAGAUUUUACCAGCUUUUUAAGACACGAAGUAAAUGGACAUAUGAUAAUAUUUAUCCAUAUAUCAAGGAUUUAACUACUUCAAAUCAAGAUGUAAAUGUUUUGUUAACAAAGUAUACCAGGGCUUCAACUGAAAAAGGUGUCAAAUAUUAUAGUUCAAAACAGUCAUCUAUUUGAAUUUUGUAAUUAAAUUUAUUUGUAAAAGGAAACAUUGUUGUUUGCUUUUGUAUAUUUAUAUUUUUGUUUUUAAUUUUUUAAAAACAAUUUGUG